UCUGAGGAAGAAGCAGCACCAGGCUCUCACAUAUCCUUCUGACCAAGCAGAUAUCAUGGAAAAGGGUCAGGGACCUCCUCCAGAACCGGCACCGCCGUAUCCUGGUCCCCCUGUGGACUACAAUGUGGGAGUCUACCAAGCUCAGCCUGGCAUCCAGCCCAGUCAACAACCUGUUUACCUGCACAGCCCACAACAAGCUCAACCUGUGACCCAGGUGGUGGUGGUGCAACACCUGCCGACUGAUGCUCCUGGACAGAUGAUGUGUCCUCACUGCCAAAGCGCAGUAGUCACUAAAACUGAGCACAAAAAUGGUUUGCUCACCUGGUUGAUUUGUGGCGGACUGGGAAUCAUCGGCUGCUGGCCUUGCUGUCUCAUACCAUUCUGCGUGGAUGACUGCAAAGAUGUGGAGCAUACCUGUCCCACCUGUAACAACGUCCUGCACAUUCAUAAACGCAUGUGAAACAGCACUGCAGUUUCAACACAGCUGAAGUGGCAACAAAAGGUGCAGGAGUCAACCGUGACUAAAUAAACAUCUGGACAGGAGCCAAACCCCGUUGCGCAAACACAACGGACGUCAUCAUGAACUCUGUACUCACUCGUGAAAAAGCAGGUUGUACGUGUAUUUUACACAGUACUGUACAUAUUGAAGAUCAAGAAAAGCUGUGAUUUAAUCUUUUCUCUUAUCUUUUGGUUUAAAAUGUGUAAUCAUGUUGUAAAUAUUGUAAUGUAAAAUUGUAUAAAAUCAUAAUCAUAUUUUUCUUGACUGAUGUCUCAGUAUAAUAUAUGUCUGUGUUAAAUUUAAGGAAGAUUGUAGGAUGGUAAAUAUACCAUGAAUGUAAUUUUUCUUAUAUUUAUUCUGUCCAGUUGAUUCUUUUUCAUUAAGUUUUGUUUUUUUUAAUGUAAAGUCAUAUUAUUUAGCUUUCCAUUUGCAUCUAAAGUUAAUAUAUUGAUUUUAUUUUCAUUGCAGGUUGAAUGUUUAUAUUGAUUAUUUUUUAUUUCAGAUAGCUAUUGAAGACUGAAUAUUUCAACAUAUACAAAAUCAAUCAAUUUGUGUACCAUUAGUCAAAAAUCUUCUUCUUCUCUAAAAUAAGUUUUUUUGGGUGAUAUUCCAGUCUUUUAAGAUGACGAUAAAUUGUUAAAUUUUGAUGAAACACAAAUAAGCUGUUACAUAGCUAUCAUAGCUUAAUCGUCAUUUAGGUGUAUUGAUAAACUCAUUGUGAUAACAACUGAGAGUAGGGGUCUUUGUAUUGCAAUAAUAACCAACUCACUGCUUGCACCAUGAAAUGAUUCAAAUGAAUAAAUCACUAAAUAAUCACUA